AUGAGUGAAUUGAAGAAAAAAACAGAGGGUGAAAAAAUUGAGGAGAUAGUUGAGGGAGAAGUUGUGGUGCCCAUCAAGACUAAGGAAGUUAUAGACCCCACUCCUAAGGUUAGCAAGGUCCCUUUUCCUAAGGCCUUGACUAAGAAAAACAUAGACAAAAAGUUCUCAAAGUUUGCGGAGGUUUUCAAGAAACUCCACAUUAAUAUCCCUUUUGCCGAUGCAUUGGAGCAAGUGCCCAUGUAUGCUAGGUUCAUGAGGGAUAUCUUGUCUAAGAGGAGGAGUUUAAAGGGGGUUGAUGAGACGGUAAUGUUGACAAAAGAGUGUAGUGCUAUCUUGCAGCGUAAGAUGCCAAUGAAAAGAAGAGACCCCGUAAGUUUCACUAUUUCGGUGGAGGUUGAAGGGAUGACAGAAGUAGAAGCACUUUGUGAUUUGGGGGCGAGCAUCAACUUGAUGCCGCUUACCAUGUUUGAGAGGUUGGAUCUAGGAGAGGUGACACCAACAAUGCUUUCUUUACAAAUGGCGGAUCGGUCCCUCAAGACACCAUAUGGGAUUGUGGAGGAUGUUAUGGUGAGGGUGGACAAGUAUGUGUUCCCCGUGGGUUUCGUUGUGCUUGACAUGGAAGAAGCUGAGAAGAUUCCGCUCAUUCUUGGCCGACCUUUCUUAGCUACUGGUAGGGCUAAGAUUGAUGUCGACAAGGGUCAUCUCAUCCUUCGUGUUGGUAAGGAAAAAGUAAGAUUUUCUAUUUUCAAUCCCAUGCUAGAGACUAACCAUGUUGAUGACUUUGUCUGUGAUAUGAUCAAAAGUGUUCCAAAGGUUCAAGAAGAGACCCCCAAGGUGGAAAAGAAAGAUGACGAGCUCCCUUCGGCUCUCAUAAAGCUUGUGAGUGGUAACAAGUAUGGGGGUCAAAGUACGAGAAUCUCCAUGCACAUAUGGUGA